AUGAACGCCCAUACAUGGGGCAUCAAUGCUGCAUACGGAGUCUUUCUUGCAUAUUACCUCUCCUCUGACGUAUUCCCCGGUACCUCGAGUCUUGAAUAUGCAUUUAUUGGAGGGCUCAGCAUGUCCUGUGCUAUGCUCAUUGCCCCUCUGGCCACCUUUCUCUGCCAAAGAGUGUCUCAUCGCUUUGUCUUAAACCUCGGCACAAUCUUCGAAACGCUUUCCCUGAUUACUGCUUCGUUCGUGAAAACCGACUGGCAACUCUUCCUUUCCCAGGGUGUGUGUUUCGGAUUUGGCAUGGGACUGUGCUUCUGUGGAUCCGUUGGAAUAACUUCAUACUGGUUCAAAAAGCGACGAAGCCUGGUGAACGGGAUUGCAUCUGCCGGAUCUGGAAUAGGCGGCUUAGUCUAUUCACUUGCAGUUGGUAAAAUGAUCCCACAAAUGGGCUUUCCCUGGGCGAUGCGCACAUUGGGAAUCUUAUGUUUUGUUAUCAAUCUGGCCUGUUCCAACCUUCUUCGGAUACCCUCUCACUCAGCUACUGCGUCCAAGGGGGCACCAUUCCGAUUGUCUGUCGUGCUGAGAUUGGACUAUGUACUGCUUCUGGGUUGGGCCUUUCUGAGCGCUCUGGGAUACGUUGUCUUACUUUUCAGCAUGCCCAGCUUUUCGAUUGCGAUUGGACUCACUCAGCAGCAAGGCAGUCUUGCAAGCGCUCUCUUGAACCUGGGCCAAGCGAUUGGGCGCCCGGCUGUUGGACUACUCAGUGAUUACUAUGGACGAUUCAAUGUUGCCCUUGUCGCGUCACUCCUGACAAGCCUCUUGUCAUUUGUGCUUUGGAUUUUCGUCGAUUCGCUCGGUCUGACGUACUUCUUCUCCAUAGCCGUCGGGCUGUUUGCCGGAACACUCCUUGCUGUUGCUGCUCCGCUUGCGGCUGAAGUCGUGGGACUACAAGAUCUUGGUGCUGGGCUCGGCAUCUUGUGGCUGACGCUUUGUCCACCAACGACGGUAGCAGAGGCGAUCGCAUUACAGCUCAGAGACCCAUCGACCUCGUCGAAGCCUUACUUGAGAGUUCAGCUUUUUACUGGAUUCAUGUAUCUGGGCUCCGCCAUCUGCCUUGCUUUCUUGAUGCUUGAAAAGCGGAGAAAGCGAAGGCUUACACAAAGCUAG